AUGUCAGCAAACGAGAGAAGAAGACAUGUUGGUGAUCUGGAAUGUGGGGGAGGAGUUUGGCUUCAAAAUGUGAGGCAGUUCAAGUACUUGGGUUCGCUUCUCAAUAGUGAGAACAAGGUACGAGCGAACGUGGAAAGCAGGAUUUUAGUUGCAAACAAGGCGUACUUUGUCCACAUGAAACUAAUGAAGUCAAAGCUCUUAUCACGCAUGUCUAAGCUGCGGCUCUACAGAACACUGAUCAGACCAGUGGCCACCUAUGGUGCUGAGACGUGGACGCUGAUUAGUAGAGAAGAGCAAGCAUUGCGUGUUUUUGAGAGAAAAAUUGUAAGGCGUAUCAUGGGACCAGUCAGGACAGAAUAUGGGCGGCGUAUCAGAAAUAAUGAAGAGAUUGCCAAUUUCAUGGGACCAGAAGAUAUUGUACGAGUUAUAAAGGCGCAACGUUUGAGAUGGUUGGGGCAUGUCCAGAGAAUGGAGCACUGCAGACUACCGCAUAAGUUGUUAGAAAGUAAAAUGAUUGGUACGCAUAGAAGAGGAAGGCCCAGGAGGAGAUGGCUGGAGGAUGUGACUGCCGAUUUGCGUGUUUUGGGCAUCAGAGGAUGGGAGAAUGUGGCGGAGAGGAGAGACGAUUGGAGGCGAAUUGUGCAGGAGGCCAAGGUCUACAUCGGACUGUAG